AUGUCACUAAUAUCUCCUUUUCAAACCGCCGAUGUGGAAUCUGUCCAGACCUCAGAACAAAUUACUGAAAGAGAGACGGUUAGAGUAUCCACUUUGCAAGGGCCGCUGCACUCUUCUGAAAUGCAUGGCGUUGCCCCGGAAACGCCUCGCUCAAUUUCAGAUGACGUCCGCAAACUGAAGAGUAUAUAUUCUACUUAUCAGCACAGUGGACAACCUUUGAGUAAAGAAGCCAUAUUCCAUGCGAAACAGAAGUAUGGCAUUUUGAAUACUCCGGCUAAUUACAGGACACUCGGUUUAGGUGACUCGGGUAGUGAAUCAGCUGAUCUAGCAGCCCGUUUAGCCAAUAAGAGAACCAAAGGCCAACCUAAUGACACUGUAGAAACAGCAAUCGAACAAAAGGCGCGGAAUGAGGCUUUCAAAGAAACCUUUUCGAAGAUUCCAUUGACCCCUCCUGAAGACGUCCCAGUGACGGUCAAUUUGGGUCUCAAGGGAAAGCGAGAUUUUCUAACAAGAUUAGCUGCACAAAAAGCAUUGGCCUCCAGUUCUUCAUCAGUUAAUUCUAUAAAUGAGGCUUCCGAUCGUUCUAGUUUGAAAAAAAAAAGGCCUUCCGGUGCUCCUCUUGGUGAUGAGUUUGAUGCAAACGUUGUUAAUCCACAGCACUCUGCACGUUUCAAAUCCUUGGACUUAUCUAAAGUACUGGAUGGAGCUGAAAGAAGAGCAAUCAGUAGAGUCAAUGAUAGGUUGUAUCCUCAAAAGGUAAACUUUAAAAACGGAUUGCAGAGUGGUAACGAGAGCGGCGUAUCAAAAGCUAAUAAAGAGGUUUUCAAGAAAGGAACUUUGGAGAAGCUUGAACGUUCCGCUGAGCAAUUCUUAAACUCUCACACUGGCAACGAAAGACAAAGACUAAAUGACCGACAAUAUGUGUAUGCAAAGAGUGCCGCCGAUGCAGUAAAAGAUCUUGAUCCAAAGACAUUGGAAGACCCGGAUUUUGCUGCAAAAGAGGCACAAAGAAAUGUGUAUAUACAGCAGGUGUCAUCUCCGAUGGUGCUACAUGAAGCUCAAAAGCUUGCGAAUAGGAAAUUGCAGGAUAUUGACGCACGAGAUACUUAUAUGAUUCUGUUCGGUAACCAAGCUUAUAAUAAGCUUGCUGUCAAAAUAGCUUUAGAGCACUAUUCUGUUAACCAGGAACAAAAGAAGAAAAUAUAUUUGGGUGGUGGCUUGUGGAUAACUCCGGAAGAAGUUAAUGUUGUGGCCAGAAAGUUAAUAUCACCAGUGGUAAACGAAAUUGAUGAACGAGCUAGUAAACAACGUGAUGUUGAUAAGGAUAUUGAAAGAAGGUCAAGAGUUCUUGAUCAGGAGUAUGAGAAUUGGAAUUUUAUGGAACGUGUGAAAGAGCAAAAUGACAAGCAAUUAUUGUUGGCGAUGGAAUCAAAGCAGCAACGUGAAAAAGUAGCUAAAAAGGCUGAAGGGGGGCAAAGCUAUGAUUUGUUGGUACAAAAUAUGAAUAUUAAAGUACAGCAGAAGGAGAGGGAACUUGAAAAUGCCAAAAAGAAUCACGAACAUCUAAGGAACGAAUUGCAGGAAACGUUGUCCAAGAACUUGUUAGGGGAGAAUGAUGAACUGAAAGAUUGGAAUGACGCAUGUGAAAGGGACCUCAAAAAUUCCAACAUUGAACAUGAUCAAGCUGUCAGAUCGCACUUUAGCAAUUUGAGGAAUUCCGAAAAAGGGUAUGACGAACUUAUGGAUGAGCAUAGCAAGCUACAGGUAGAAAUUAAAAGACUUAACGCUUCAAUUACUAAGCACAAAACUGCAAUUCAUGAUUUUAACGCAAGGGUUGAUGCAGAUGGAGUUUUAGCAGCGGAACGGGGCCAGCAAAUUCGUAGUGAGAGGCACCUUCUGGAUGCUACCGUCAAUGACCCUCUGGUUAUUUCUGCAGAAAAGGCAAAAGAAGAAGCCGAAUUAGCUACAGAAGAAUGUAUGUUAAGAGAAUUGCAAAUAGAUGAAAUGGCAAUUAUCAGGAAUAUUAAAUUGCGGGAGUAUGAAAGGAAGCUCAAAAAGGAGAGGGAAACAGCUUCAAGACCUAGAAAGGACAGUGAAGGGUUGACAAAUGAUUCUAACGUUUCUCGAGAUGUUAUCGUGAAUGCAGCUGCUACUAAUGAAAAAACGGCUCACAUAGGAGAGAGUGCGUCUCCAAAAGAUGCUAUUAAAAGCCGGUUUCUCUCUACGUAUAAUACGGGAAAGGACGUUGAUAGUUCUGCUAGUGCCAGGUCAGUCACUGGUGUUAGUGGUGUCUUGGACGAUAGGCCUGAAACUCCAACCUCCAAUAAGAAGACAGAGUUACAUGGCAAUGAUGUGGGGCCACAUAAAGUACACCAAGCAGCAGAUGACAUCGCUGAAGAUUCCAUCUUGAACGACAAGAAUAAAUCUUCAAGGCCAGUGGCAGAUACUGGAGGCUCCAUAACGAUAGAGCAAUUUUUAUUAAGUAAGAAUGCUAAUAAACAAGGGCUAUCUAAGACGGAGUCUGGAACAAUGAAGAAUGAUUCUGUGGUGAACCCAAUGGGGUCAAAAAAGGAGCAUGAUUUUGCCCAUACUAGCGACAAAGGCCGUAGAUCCUUCAGUGGCUUUUCCCAAGGUUCAAUAGAAAACGAUUAUAGUAAUGAAGUUACUGAUGAUCAGGAUGAUCAAGAUGAAUCAGACAUAAGAGUUCGUGAUUCUAAUGAUUCCAGUACCUCUCCUAAAGAAAGUUUUUUCAAAGAGGUUAUCUGA